AUGUCGGAGCUAGCAUUGCCUGGUAAAGUGGACAUCGAGCAACCGCGCUAUGACCAAACCACGUAUAGCGGAAGAGCUAAACAUUUUUUCAUUACAACCAAUCCUCUCAACAUUUUUGCCAGUAGUAAGCAGCUGGAACAUGCCAAAGCUAUUGUUGAACGCUAUAGGGCUGGAGAGAAUGUUCCAAACCUGACCGUGGAUGAACUUUGGCGAGCAAAGCAGCUUUAUGACUCAGCCUUCCAUCCAGACACAAAGGAGAAGAUGUUUAUCCUAGGUCGCAUGUCAGCACAGGUGCCUAUGAACAUGAUUAUCACAGGCUGCAUGAUGACUUUCUACAAAACAACUCCAGCUGUAGUAUUUUGGCAGUGGUUUAACCAGUCAUUCAAUGCUGUGGUUAAUUACACAAACAGGAGUGGAGACUCGCCUAUACCUUUGAAGCAGCUGGGGCUGUCUUAUGUACUAGCGACUGGUGGCUCAAUCACAACAGCAUUGACACUAAACAGCAUGGUCAAGAAAUCCCCUCCACUGAUUGGACGAUUUGUUCCUUUUGUGGCCGUUGCUGCUGCAAACUGCAUUAAUAUUCCUUGCAUGAGAAGCCGAGAAUUGACCAAUGGCAUCCCCGUUUUUGAUGAGAAUGGGAAUCGGGUGGGAACAUCAUCAAGAGCUGCAGCCAGUGCGAUAACACAAGUAGUUGUGUCACGUAUUGUUAUGGCAAUGCCUGGAAUGAUGAUUGUUCCUUUUAUCAUGAAUUACCUUGACCGAAAGCCAUUUCUACAGCGAAUGCCAUGGCUAAAUGCCCCCAUUCAAACAGGCAUCAUUGGCAUUUUCCUUGUUUUCGCCACUCCUCUGUGCUGUGCACUCUUCCCACAAAGAAGCUCCAUGUCUGUGAACCACCUUGAGCCUGAACUGAAAGAAAAGCUGCUGGCACUACCCACUCCUGUUCACAAUGUUUAUUUUAACAAAGGCUUGUGAUCACUGCAGUGUUUUUUUUUGUUAAAUUCCUGGUGCAGGCAAAGUAAAUGUAAAUAACAUAAUGUAAUACAUACCAUCUGCAAAUUUACUCAACAUUCGCAUACUCAUUCCUUUUAGUGAUAGAUUCAGAAUAUUACUUUUAUCUGGUUAACAAGUCAACUUUUAUAUUAUCAGUAUCCCUUGUAAAAAAAAUUUAUAGAGAAUUCUGGAUGUGUAAUGCGAAUCAUUGUCAUUAUUAGUAGCUUAAUAAUCACUUAACCUAUAGACACUGCAAGCAUGUGCUCCAUAAUCUCUAUUGAUGAAGUUUUUCUUACGUCUUUUUUUUUUUUAAGUAUUCUAGUACUUAGCUAUAAAAUUUUUGAGGGUGAACAUCUCAUGUAGGUCACAUGUUUACAAAUGAUUCUAAGGUUGAACUGGGUUCACAAGCAUGUCUCUUUCAGAAGUACAAUUUUUGGUACAUUUUUGAUGAAUACAAAUGUAACUAGAUAAGGUUUUAAGCAAAAUCAUUGUGGAUUAAAACGUCUGUAUUUCAGGCAAUGUGAUAACGAGAUUUACGACAAACUCACAAGGUGAAAGAACUUUCCCACAGAAACCUUAAUACAUUUACGCUGAAUAUGGUCAGAAAAAUCAUAAUUUCUUAUAUAUUUAUGGAUUAUGAUUUUAUUAAAGUUUCAUCUUUGAAAGGUUACUCCUAGCGCUCAUUGUUUCUCCCAUUCACAUCCCCAUCAUUCAAAAAAAAAAAAUACUCAGCAGAAUUUCUCUUAAGCAUACUGUCCAGUCAGUUGAUUUAUGGGUAGUAAAUUUUUAAAAUAAUAAAUGCUUGAUUUGUAUAGCACAUACUCAUGCUCAUAAGGAGCACGUUCUUAGCAUUUGAGACAAGGGACAACAUGAAUGAAUGGAAAGGUGAACAACAGUACUAAUGACUAUAAUAAAAGACAAAUAUAGAAAAACACAAACAGGAAUCAGGUAAAAAGAGUGUGGAGAUUCAGCAAAGACAAGUAGAGAGAAGUAGCAAUAAAUAGAAAAGGUUUUUUUGGGGGGUGGGGAUGGGGGGGUUGAAAUAAAAAGGAGUAGCAUUCUUUUAAAUUUCUUUGUAGCAGUCUCAAAUAGAUUUUUCCCUGGCUUCCAGCAGUUUGUCAAGAAUGGAGGACAAUAACUGAAUUGUAAAAAGUAGUUUGCUGAAGCAAGUAUUGCUGGUUGAACUUUACCAUUAGAAAUUCCAAAUAAGAUCUUUCACCGUCUUGAUCCAGUGUACAGUAUGUCACUCAGAAAUCCAUGUGACCAAUAAAGUGUAAUCUUUACCAGGUUUUAAUGGCCAAAUACAUGUGUAUACAUAUAACACAAAUCUUUUACAAUCUUGUUGACCUGUUCAAUAUUCUUCAGCAGUAGCACCUGUAUAGUUUUUCAAGGUUUAUAAAAAUUAUACUUAUUCAGUAAUAACCUAAUGUAUAUGUCAUGUAUGCUGGAAAAUGUAUUAUUGUGCAAUUCUUAUUCUCAAAGACUAUUUUCAACAGAUGGUGUGGAAUUCGCUAAAGAUCUUCUCAAAAAUGAUUAUAUAACAAAGAAAACAAAAAUGAAAAAUCUU